AUGAAAAUGAAACACUCUGUCGAUAUGGAAGGCAAGAUCUUCGACCUUCCUCGCAAGUUCUCAGGGAAACAGGCCGGUCAAAGCACGAUGGAGUUUACCGCAGCCGACAUCCAUGGGGUAUUCGACCCCGUCGUGAACAAGAUAACAAACCUAAUAGUAUCAGAAAUGGCUGUGGUGAAGGAACGAACCGGGGAAGAGGCAACGCAUGUCGUUAUAGCUGGGGGGUUUGGUCGUAACGACUAUCUCUGCCAGAAGAUAGAAUACAAGGUCAAAAGCGUGUCUCCCUCGACUCAUAUCAAUCAUUACAAAGACUACACAGGAUGGAUUUCGGUGGCUCGAGGUGCCGUCCUGCAUGCCAUCCAGACAAAGAGCCAGCCAGCACCGUCGAUUGUGCAGAUCGAAACUCGAGCCUCAGGAGAAAGCUACGGCGUAGGCAUUGGCAAUGGCGGACCUAUCCAUUGGCUUGCCCGCUGGGGCGAUAGACUCUCUGCCGAGGGCCUGAGCCCACGACCUGUUCCUCCAGAGGCAGUGCGACAUUCUCCAGACGGCCGCUGUUUUCUGGAUUGGUAUCGUGUCAAGGCCCCAGGUGCGAAAGCCGAAAUCGUACGCCCCCUGUACUAUCGGAAUGCCUUGGGUGAGCCAGGCGACUUGCGGUUCGAUUUCCACUGGGACGGUACCAAGAUGCAUUACGUGCUUUGUCAAGGGAACCGGGAACUUCCGUUGACUCUCGGGGAAGAAUAUGAUGCUUGA